CUUUUGCGAGAGGCAGAAAGAGGACAAGCUUGACCUCCUCUACUUCUUGCUUUGCGACAAUCUAAACGAAUGUGGUGACUCCAGGUAUAAAGAGGUUUUGGCAUCCUGGAGCAAGGAAAGCGUGUAGCUCACGGCUGAAGAUUGCCUUGCCAUGAGAGUCACAACAAAGACAUCAAAAACACAUUAUGAGGCUCAAUAUAGAAAGUUCAAGGCGAAGGGCACCAACAUUCUCAAGCCACCGCACAUUCUCACCGAGUUGCAAAAGGAUUUUAUGCCCGGUAGUGUAAGGUUUCGGCUGGAGGGAGGCACAGACAUCAUUCAUCACACCCCAGUCAAGGCAGGACAGUCUCAUGUAGAGUAUGGGGAGCUGUCCUUCGAGCUCCAGGAUGUGAAUAGAGAGGACCACCCAGGAUUGGAGACCCCCUUCCCCAACAUGAAAGGCGUGGCUUGGCCUUAUGCACACGCUCUUGCCAAGACCCUGGAAGAGUUGGAUGCAGAGAUCGUCAUGGGCUUGCAGAAGGCGGGACUUGAUCCUGAUGACGAUCUCUGCAUUCUUACUACUAUCAAAGAUGGCGCCGUCGGGAUGGGGGACAUCUCCGUGACCAAAGCUGCGAGGGAUCGUCUCUUGCCAGACAAGGCCUUCCGGGCAGCUUUUGCAGUAAUAAAGUGCGAGGUAAACAGGGACGGGGAGAAGGUGAUGGUGUACGAGCCAGAUGCUCCAGACAAUAGAGCGUCGGCCACUGUCCUCCUUGACGGCAUGGAACAUGACCGACAGGUGCUAUGA